AUUAAAUCAAGAUUUUAUCUCAUGUGUUGGAUACCACCAUGCAACAUUUUACUUUUUAUUAUUUUUUUCGACAUAAAAUACUCUGUGUCAUUUAAGAAUUAAAAUUAAUUGAGAUUUGAUAUCAUGUGUUGGGUACCAUCACACCACGGUUUGGUUACUGUCCACAAUUAUUUUUUGUUUGCACUGUUAAUUUAUAAGUUGAUUCUAAGUGAUAUAUGUGAGAAUGACGGACAUGAAAGAUCCUUGAGACAUGCUUCCCCAAUGAGAUUUUCUCAGAAAUCUGCCUCCACUUUCCUUCACUACCUUUUACUUUCUUUAUUUUAAAGAAUAAAAUCCUCCCUUUUUCUCUUACGCUCUGUAUUUCACUCCAUCUUCUUCCUUGCUUCACUAUAACUCCGGUCAAUUGUGAUGGAUUCUUGGAAACAUAUGGGAUGUGAAUUUAAACCCAUGUUUAAUGGUGAAACUUACCCAUUAAUUUCUAAUACUCAAGCACUUGAGAGAAUGGAUUUAAUGGAUUUGGGGUUUGCUGAUGAUAUUAGGAAAUCAUAUUCAAUUUCUAGUGAACCAAGUGGGGAGGUUUUUAGUGAUGAAAUUGGUACAGAUUAUCCCCAAUUUGGUGAAGAAUCUAAUCAUCAACAAGAUUUUCCACUUGUUGAUUUGAAGUUGGGUAGGUUGGAAGAUGGUGGAAUUGAUAAAGAUAGUGAAUUUUCAAAGUUUAAUGCAGCUGAAUCAUCUGUUAGGCUGUCUUCUCCGGCAAAGAAAGCUCGGUCUUCGAUGUCGAGUAAUCGAUCUUCCAAUUGUCAAGUUCUUGGUUGUAACAAGGAUCUUAGCUCUUUCAAGAGCUACUAUAAGCGGCAUAAGGUCUGUGAUGUUCAUACAAAGACUCCUAAAGUUAUUGUUGAUGGGAUUGAGAAAAGAUUUUGUCAGCAAUGUAGCAGGUUUCAUCUAUUGGCUGAAUUUGACGACACCAAACGUAGUUGUCGUAGGCGUCUUUCUGCUCAUAAUAAACGUCGAAGGAAGCCUCAGCUUGCUUCUGAACCAGAAGUGAUGCCUAGUGUUUAUCUUGGUCCGAGUAAGUAUGAAGAGGGGAUUGAUAAUUCCAUCAAGAGCUCAAAUUUCCUUCUUCAAAUGGGAUGUGUAGGAGAGAAAAUAAAUAAGUUUCCUGCAAAUGUUAAGGACGACAUUGCUGGCUUUGCAAAACCGACUAAUGAGACUUUAUCUAACAUUCAGCAAACUAGUCGUGCUCUCUCUCUUCUGUCAGCUCAAUCACAUAGUAUAUCAAGCCAAUUGCUGGAAACUGCAAGUGCGACACUGACCAACAGAGGCAACCAUGCAGAUUCAAAUCCCGGGCAUUCUCUUAACCAUUCAGCUGGCAUUUUUAAUAAAGUUUCAGCAAGUGGCCCUCAUGAACCUGGAAUCUAUUCAAUGGAAGAGGAUGGACCCACCAUGAUCAAUCCUAACAAUAGCAGCACUGUUGGUCUUCAUCUCCCAAAUGAUGGCAUUUCAAGGCCGGGUUUAAGAAACACUGAUUGUCACCAUCCCAAGGAACGUGGUAUCAUCCUUAACUUGCUUCAAUUGUCUUCGAAUCUUCAAAGAGUUGAGCAGCAAAAACACUCAACUGAAAAUGAAGCAGGAUAAACAAAGUUAAUCUGAAAAAAGUGGAUGUAGACCUUUUCUUGCUCUGAAGGGCAGUGCAUGCAUUAAGUCUUGCCGUCGAAUUAAAUUUUUUGCAAUGCCCGAACAUGGUACUUCCCGCCAGCAGUAAUCAAGCGAUGUAUGAUAUCCAAAGCAAUAGAAUUGGGCCGUGAAUAGUGAGUGGUACUCUGUACAAAGUCGAAAACUCAAAACUUGUUUUCCAGUUUACCUUACAGUACAGAAGCUACCUGCUGCAAUGAACCAAGACAGUACAGUGUUGUUGCUCCAUUCUGAAUAUGUUGCUGCUUUUUUAAUGGCAGAUGUUUUUGAUAAUGAAUUGUAAGUAUCUGAUUUCAUGUCACUCCCUAUGUAUGGCCUUAUGUAAUUAAAUUUAAAUUUUUUUUGAACUGUUCUUCAUUUACAAUGCCUCCUGAUUGAUUCUGAUCUUUGCUUUGGAAUUCCAAGGUGAAAGAAAGUUAUGGAUCAAUGGAUGAGUUUAUUAGUUUUU